GAAAGCCAGUUUUUAUUCUGCUUAUCUCCAGAGCUUUUGUUUGCCUUUUGCUCACCCUAGCCCCACUAAACCAGAUAAAAAGACCAGAGAGCCUGGUUGAGAUUACUCUUGGAGAAAGGCAUCAGUUAAGGACACUGGAAAAGACAGGCUUUUUUGUUCUGGUUCCUAAUGGAGUGGCUUCGGCUGUUCUUUCUCCAUCCUGUAUCAUUUUACCAGGGGGCUGCAUUUCCCUUUGCAUUUCUGUUCAAUUAUCUCCGCAUCAUGGAUUCAUUCUCCACUCGUGCCAGGUACCUCUUUCUCCUGGCUGGAGGAGGUGCCCUGGCCGUGGCUGCCAUGGGUCCCUAUGCCGUGCUCGUCUUCACCCCUGCUGUCUGCGCCGUGGCUCUCCUCUGUUCCCUGGCCCCGCAGCAAGUCCACAGGUGGACCUUCUGCUUUCAGAUGAGCUGGCAGACCUUGUGUCACCUGGGUCUGCACUACACUGAGUAUUAUCUGCAUGAGCCUCCUUCCGUGAGGUUCUGCAUCACUCUUUCUUCUCUCAUGCUUUUGACCCAGAGGGUCACGUCCCUCUCUCUGGACAUUUGUGAGGGGAAAGUGGAGGCAGCAUCCGGAGGCAUCAGGAGCAGGAGCUCUUUGUCUGAACAUGUGUGUAAGGCACUGCCCUAUUUCAGCUACUUGCUCUUUUUCCCUGCUCUCCUGGGAGGCUCUCUGUGCUCCUUCCAGCGAUUUCAGGCUUGUGUUCAAGGGUCCAGUGCUUUGUAUCCCAGGCACUCUUUCUGGGCUCUGAGCUGGAGGGGUCUGCAGAUUCUUGGACUAGAAUGCAUAAACGUGGCAGUGAGCAGGAUGGUGGAUGCAGGAGCAGGACUGACCGAUUGCCAGCAAUUUGAGUGCAUCUAUGUUAUGUGGACCACAGCUGGGCUUUUCAAACUCACCUACUACUCCCACUGGAUCCUGGAUGACUCCCUCCUCCACGCAGCGGGCUUUGGGUCUGAGCUUGGUCAGAGCCCCGGAGAGGAGGGAUAUGUCCCUGAUGCGGACAUCUGGACCCUGGAAAGAACCCACAGGAUAUCUGUGUUUGCAAGAAAGUGGAACCAAAGCACAGCCCGAUGGCUCCGACGGCUUGUAUUCCAGCACAGCAGGGCUUGGCCGUUGUUGCAGACAUUUGCCUUCUCUGCCUGGUGGCACGGACUCCAUCCAGGACAGGUGUUUGGUUUCCUUUGCUGGGCCGUGAUGGUGGAAGCUGACUACCUGAUUCACUCCUUUGCCAAUGAGUUUAUCAGAUCCUGGCCCAUGAGGCUGUUCUACAGAACCCUCACCUGGGCCCACACCCAGUUGAUCAUUGCCUACAUCAUGCUGGCUGUGGAGGUCAGGAGCUUCUCCUCUCUCUGGUUGCUCUGUAAUUCGUACAACAGUGUCUUUCCCAUGGUGUACUGUAUUCUGCUUUUGCUAUUGGUGAAGAGAAAGCACAAAUGUAAGUGACAUCUUUCCCUGGCUUUCAUCUUAUACACCCAUGAAACAGUUUAGAAAGUGCCAGAUGACGCAUCAAUAAUGCGUACAUCUGAACUUUUCCAUAAUAAAAAUUUUUCUAAAGUUUUAGAUGAAUAAACCCAGUGACUUGCAGUAGGAAUUUGUGUAUCUACUUUAGCAAGCUAUUCUGCUGGUACUGAGGAUACGAAAGGGAAAAAUAUGUGGUUUCUUCCCAUAAGCUUUACAGUCUAGAUGGGGAAGCAAAGAUUAAGCAAAGUGAUACA